AUAAAAAAAGGCUGUCAUUGUGGCCGCUCCUCCCUCCAUGCCUCGCUGCGAACCCAAGAAGGAGCUGAAUCACAUCUGCCAUGGGGAAGGUGCACAGAUCUCUCGCUCAUGCUCGGAAGGUGAUGGAACAGACCCCCAAAGUGGCAGAGCAGGACAAGAAGAAGAAGCCGAGGAGCAGGGCCCACAAGCAGAUGCAGUAUAACCGCCGGUUCAUCACCGCAGUUGUUGGAUUCAGGAAGAAGAGAGGACCCAACUCUUCCAAGUAGGGAGAUGAGGGUUUCAGGAGUGAAGCACUUGGAGCACUUCUUGAUGAUGUCAUAUUAAGCAUGUAGGGUUUAGCUUUCAGUAUCCCGUACUACUUUUUUAUGCAUGGUGAUGAUCAACGAAUUCAACUACUUUGGAUUGGAGUUGCUUUCUUGAUGUUGUUGCACCAAUGAUGUAGGGUUUAGUUUUCAGUAUGUUGGACUAAUAUAUGCAUGGUGAUGAUCUAUUAAAUGUCUUUGAUGAUAUGC